GGUUAUAAGUGCCAGUUCAUUUGGUUUUCGUAACAAACAAGAUAAACAUACAAAUCCAUUUUUUCUUACUAAAAAAGGAUCAUCAAAGACCUUGACUUCAAAGCAUGAUAAAUGGUAAAACUCCUUAAUUACAUUCAUAGAAUAUAAUCUCCUCCGCACCACACCGCUAGUGUAUAUAUGCCAAACACUCACAGGUCACAAGACAGAUAGAACAAGAAACCAAUCAUGCCACUUGCGAGACUCCUUCUCUGCUUCUGCUUCUGCAAUCUCUUCCUAACAGUGACAUGUUCCCCGCCGGAGGAUCCCAUCAAAUGCUCAACCAAGAACACAACCUGCACCAUCACAAACUCUUACGGGUACUUCCCCGACCGGAGCAAAUGUCAGGCAGCCAGCGUCGCAUACCCGACCACCGAACAAGAACUCAUUUCGAUUGUAGCAAGCGCGACAAUCUCUAAACAGAAAAUGAAAGUGGCAACUCGAUACUCUCACAGCAUUCCCAAGCUUGUUUGUCCGGACGGUCAAGAAGGGUUGCUCAUAAGCACCAAGUACCUCAAUCAUGUAUUAAACGUCGACGUUUCAUCCGCGACGAUAACUGUAGAGAGUGGUGUCACGCUGAGGCAGUUGAUUGAAGAAGCUGCCAAGGCGGGGUUGGCGCUGCCAUACGCACCGUAUUGGUGGGGAUUGACUAUCGGUGGGAUUAUAGGGACAGGUGCGCACGGUAGCACGUUGUGGGGUAACGGUAGUUCGGUACAUGACUAUGUUGUCCAAUUAAGAUUGGUUAGUCCUGGUGGACCUAAGGACGGUUACGCGAAGCUGCGAACGCUUGAUACAAGAAAUAUGGAUCUGAAUGCAGCGAAGACCUCGCUCGGAGUCCUUGGUGUUAUUUCACAGAUAACUCUAAAGUUGCAACCUAUGUUCAAGCGAUCGAUAACGUUUACGAUGAAGGAUGAUGCUGACUUGGCAGAUCAAGCGGCAAGUUUUGGUUAUCAACACGAGUUUGCAGACAUGUCAUGGUAUCCUAGUCAACGCAAAGUUAUAUAUCGAGUUGACGACCGUUUACCCAAUAACGUGUCUGGCAGUGGCCUAAAUAAUUACAUUCCAUUCCGGGCUACAAAUGCAGUUACCCUCGCACUGGUCAGAACCACAGAGGAAACUCAAGAACUAAUAAAUGAUGCUAAUGGCAAGUGCGUCGGUGCAAAGACUAUCAUAACUACAUUGACGACCAGCGCAUUUGGAUUCACCAACAAUGGUGUUUUAUUUACGGGGUAUCCAGUGAUUGGAAAUCAAAACCGCGUACAAUCAUCAGGGAGCUGCCUCGAUAGUCUUGAAGAUCUAAAGACCACGGCCUGUCCAUGGGACCCAAAAGUGAAAGGUGAGUUCUUUCACCAGACGACAUUCAGCAUUAGCUUGUCGGUGGUGAAAAACUUCAUACAAGACGUGCAAAACUUGGUUGCACUAGACCCUAAAGCACUAUGUGGUCUAGAACUCUACAAUGGAAUCCUAAUGCGCUAUGUCAAGGCAUCAAGUUCUUACUUAGGCAAACAAGAAGAUGCAGUGGAUUUCGAUAUCACAUAUUACAGAAGCAAAGACCCCAUGACUCCUAGGCUUUAUGAAGACAUAAUUGAAGAGAUUGAACAAAUGGCAUUGUUCAAAUACGGUGCAUUACCACACUGGGGAAAGAAUAGGAAUAUUGCAUUUGUUGGGGCAAUAAAGAAAUAUAAGAAAGCUGGAGAUUUUUUGAGAAUUAAAGGAAUUUAUGACCCUUUAGGGUUGUUUUCUAGUGAGUGGACAGAACAAGUGCUUGGAUUGAAGAAUGGGUUGAUAAUAGUCAAAGAAGGGUGUGCACUUGAAGGGUUGUGUAUAUGCUCAGACAACAUUCACUGUGCUCCCAAAAAUGGCUACUAUUGUAGACCAGGAAAAGUGUAUAAGGAUGCAAGGGUUUGUAGCCGUAUUAUAAGUUCGUCUUAGAAGCAUUGAUUCACAUGGACUCAAUAAUAUUUAGAUACGGAACGACCUCUAGCUUAGCUGGUAUAACAUUCCCACACCUAGACAAUAGUUCUAGGGUUUCAUCCCCUCCCCGUCCAAUAUAUCAAAAAAAUAAUAUUUAAUUACACUAGUGUAUGGUUUAAUUAUAUGCCGUUAUCAAUUUGUCUUCGAUUUAUAUUAUGUUGGCAAUGAAAGUUGACUUGCUAGCUAGCUAUGUAUUGGAGUAACUUAUGCUACCGCAGAUUCUGCAUGUAAGACUAUAUACUUUGAAAUAAUUAAUAAUCUAUUAGCAUCA